AAAAUAAUGGUCCUUGUCAAGCCACCCUCUAAAAUUACCAACAGUCCCAAGGCACUCUUUAAAAAUUAUGGACAGUCCCGAGGCACCCUUUAAAAUUAUGGACAGUCCCGAAUCACCCUCUAAAAUUAUGGACGGUCCUGAGACACCCUUUAAAAUGAUGGACUGUCCUGAGGCACCCUUUAAAAUUAUGGACAGUCCCGAGUCACCCUCUAAAAAAUUAUGGACGGUCCCGAGUCACCCCUUUAAAAAUGAUGGACUGUCCCAAGGCACCCUUUCAAAUGAUGGACAGUCCCGAGACACCCUUUAAAAUGAUGGACAGUUCCGAGCACCCUCUAAAAAUUAUUGACAGUCCCGAGGCACCCUUUAAAAUAAUGGACAGUCCCGAGGCACUCUUUAAAAUUAUGGACAGUCCCGAGACACCUUUUAAAAUAAUGGACAGUCCCGAGGCACCCUUUAAAAUUAUGGAUAGUCCUGAGGCACCCUUUAAAAUGAUGGGCGGUCCCAAGGCACCCUUUAAAAUG